AUGUCCCUCUUCCGAGAUCCUGCUCGUUCCUGUCGAGCAGGAAGCCGUACAUGCCGGCUCUCUCGUGCUGGCGGUCUUCGCCAAUCACAGACGAGGCAUUUCAGUCGCACUCGCAUCGCCGCAUCUCAAACUAGCGCCGAGGAGGAAAUCCACGGCGCACACCGAUACUGCGUAUCCUUGCUCUCAAAAUAUGACCGACCCUCCUACACUCUAAGCACUUUUAUUCCCCGACAGGCGCAACCCUUCUACAUCGCCCUGCGGGCGCUCAACGUCUCCCUCUCCCUGAUCCCGGACUCUACCUCCUCCUACACAAUCGGCUUGAUGCGUCUCCAGUUCUGGCGCGACGCAGUCACCAAGAUCCUCGCGGACCAGCCGCCCAAGGAACCCGUCGCCAUCCUGCUCGCGUCUGCCAUCUCAGACCUCCACGAGCGUACCCAGGGUCGCGCGCGGAUUAGCAAGGGCUGGUUGACUCGCAUGAUCAGUGCUCGCGAACAGACACUCACCAACGAUCCAUACCGCGAUAUUGCAGCGCUGGAGUCCUACGCCGAGAAUACCUAUUCGACACUGAUGUAUCUGACGCUGUCCGCACUGCCGAUGGCAUCUGUGACGGCGGACCAUGUCGCGUCUCAUAUUGGGAAGGCGGCCGGCAUUGCGGCCGUGUUGCGUGGGUUGCCGCUCGUUGCGUUUCCGCCGCCAGCUGCAAUGUCUCCGAGUGGGAAUGCGGCGAAUAUGGGAGGAGGGGGAGGGUCGAAGCAGGGCGCUGUCAUGUUGCCGCUGGAUGUGAUGGCGCAGGCGGGAGUCAAGGAGGAGGAUGUUUUGCGGCGGGGAGCGGACGCGGAGGGACUCCGUGAUGCGGUCUUUACUGUUGCGACGCGUGCGAGUGACCAUCUGAUCACGGUGCAGCAGAUGCUGAGCAAUCUGCGCGCUGGCGAGGAUGUCGGUCAUGACUUUGAGCAUGAGGGCGAGGAGGGCCAUGAAUAUGAUGCGUCUUCAGUUACUCGCGGCGAGUCGCCUCUCGACGAAGUCAAUCGCGCGUUUGGUGUCUUUAUGCCUGCGGUCAGCACGCGGCUGUGGCUGGAUCGCCUGCAGCAGCAUGACUUUGACGUCUUUAAACCGGAGCUGCUUCGGUCAGAUUGGAGACUUCCGUGGAAGGCGUAUAUGGCAUUCCAGCGGAAGAGUAUUUGA